AUGCAUAAGUCUCAGAUUCAAAGCAAUUAUUUUUCAAGCAAUCGAGCGUUAACAUCUGUAACUGUGACUCAAGAGAAGAGCUACCAAAAAAAGCAGAUUCUUCCAGUACGAACUGGACCUGUGAACAAGUUGCAGGCUAAGAAAAGAUCAGUCGUGUAUCAUCAAUAUAUCUCACAUAUAUCAGAUCGUAUUUCACAUCCAGCAAAUCGGGAUGAAAAGGGAUGCUUUCUGAAAGAAAUGAAUAAUUUUUCUGUUUACAAAAACAAUGAUCAUAUAAUAUUGCCAAAGAGAAAACACAGAUUGGAACCACGGGUGCGGUGCUUCUAUUGUGGUGAAUGGUUCAACAGAAAUGAAAACAUUUCUGGUUCUUGCAAAGAAGCUCCUGAUCCAGUCGAGGUUACGAUUCGCUUUCUGACAUGCUAUCCGGUAGCGGAAGGUGCUGUAUAUCAUUGUUGUAAGAGUGAUGACGACAUGCCUGUUAAUAUUAGCCGUUUUGGACAAGGCUACAAUGUGUUUUCGUUUGGACCACGCCAUAUACCGCUAUUGAAACGUGUAAAACGAUUGCUAUUUUUGGCGCUUAUGUCACUUGUAGCACCAUGCCUAUGUUGUUAUUUCCCAGCUCAUACGAUAAACAAAUGUUUCGGUGGUGGCAAACGAGGACGUCAUCAGUCAUAUCAUUCCACGACUACUUUUGAUGGCUAA